UCUUCUUUUUGUCUUUCUUUUUGUUUGACCUCUGCUCUCUUCUUAUAAGACUAUUUGUCAAACAAGUCAGACAUCAGUCUUUGAAUUGCAACUGCAGAUAUGUGUUCCUUUAAGCUAUAGUGUGAUCAUAUUUAUAUCUGCCUGCUUACUCACUCUACAUAUCUUGACUGCUGAUAUGAAAUUUUUUCUUCUUAAAUGGUGGACUUCAGAAUUUAGGAUCAGAUUUUACUUCAUUUGGGAAGUCUGCAAAUGCAAGAUUUCAGUCAAUCCUCAUGUUUGGGGAGUAUCUAGGUGCUAAUAUUCAAUUCUUUCGACUUAAGGAAGCAAUGAGAUGGUAUCAGAAUUGAUAUGACUUUGCAAGAAUUCAAUUGAAUUGAACUCUUGCACGCCAUUCAUUCUACACAAUGCCUACCAGUUUUAAAGAAGUAAUGUAUAGUUGUAAAGGCUAUGUCACGGAAAUUGGAUGAAUCUUGGGAUCAUUUCUAAGUUAGGCUAACUAGGACUUCAAUUACUAGGACUCCGAAAAAUACCUUAUUAUUGCCUUUGUGGGUUGUUUUAAUCCCAACGAUAUGCUGGUUUUACAUUUCAUAUGGAGUUGUUGGAUGGAUGGUUGGUACAGCAUGUAUGAAUCUUCUGCGGGAGGACUGAGGCUCUGAAGGCUUUCCAACUUGCUUCAAUUAGGGAACAGCUUAGAUGGAGAGCUCAUCUAAUCAAGCAUUUGAUUCAGAUGAUAGUGAAAGGUGUUUUAGAGUUGAUAAUUAUGAUGGGCAUGAAUUUGAAGAUGAUGAGCUCUCAGAAAAUAUUGAUUUAUGUCUGGGUGAAGUGGAUAAGAUUAUAGAGCAAUCUAAUGAAAAUUUAGCUUCCAUAUGUGAUGUUAUAGAACCAUAUAUUGGCAUGGAAUUCAAGUCAAGAGAUGAUGCUCGAGAAUAUUAUAUUGCUUAUGGCAGGCAUACGGGAUUUACAGUGCGCAUUCAUCAUAACCGGCGCUCUAGAGUAAAUAAUAUGGUUAUUGGUCAGGAUUUUGUUUGCUCCAAAGAAGGAUUUCGUGAAAAGAAAUACAUAUACAGGAAAGAUAGAGUUCUUCCUCCCCCACCUAUAACACGAGAAGGCUGUCCUGCAAUGUUGAGGCUCGCUUUUAGGGAUGGAGUUAAGUGGGUCGUCACCAAAUUUAUAAAAGAACAUAACCACACAUUAAUGUCUCCUAGUAAAGUACCAUGGCGAGGAUCUGCAAAAAGUUCGGUCAGUGAGGACGAGAAGGACGGGAGAAUACGAGAACUUACCAUUGAGCUUAACAAUGAGAGACAACGAUGUAAACGUCGGUGUGCAGCUUACCAAGAACAAUUACAUAUGGUGUUGGCAUAUAUUGAGGAACAUACUAAUCACUUGUCAAGUAAGGUUCAGGAAAUUGUUAACAAUGUAAAAGAACUUGAAAAUGAGCAUCUGGAGGAAUCAGAUUGCUAACAUGUCUAGAGCAGUUUGUAAAUUUUUUCUUUCCCACUUUGUCAUCUGAUUGCAAUGUUACUAAUUUCUUUUACUGAAAUAUAACUUGUAUCCCGCGGCCAGCAUGUUGAUUGCC